AUGCCGCCUCGACGCAGAAAGCCACCUCGCGCUGGCGCUCUCACAGAACUCCCUCCUCUCAAAAUCAUCCGCUCCAUCAUCCUUCUACAGCUGUCCUACUACAGCGCCGCGUUCGUUCUGAUACUGUUUACAACUCUCGUUCUCGGUCAAGGCUUCUCCCUAGGUCUUCUUUUCGACUGGCAGAUCGUCAGGGGCGACAACACUGUUGGCUGGACUGUCGGAUUUCUCUGGGUGGUCGAUGGCCUCAUAAUAGUAAUGCCUAUUAUGGUGAUGGUUGCUCGAUCGAAACUCGUCCCUGAUUUCGCGUUGACAAUACACUUCAUCCAUCUCCUGGCGACCUCGUUCUACACGAGGUCUCUGCCGACGAAUCUGCUUUGGUGGGGACUGGAAGCUGCCAGUACCGCGGUCACAAUCAUUUUGGGCAUGUGGGCGUGUCGGUAUCGUGAGCUUCGGCCCAUCUCCUUCGGAACGGUUCCAGCGAAGACAUCGUUAGACACGCCAGGCGACAACGUGCGUGGUGCCUAUGGCAGGGGCCGGAAUGUGGACUCGGGACCCAGUUAUGAAAUGGUCAAUGUGAUCAGAGGAGACGAGAACGUGUGA